AUGUCUUCUCUAUUCAGCACGGAUAAUGCCCCUCAGCUAGGAAGCGCUCUUCUCCGCCUCUCUCCGCUAGUCAUCUCAUCAGCGUCCUUGAUGUUUAGCUGGGCUCAGGACGUCUCCCUUGGCGCUUUCUUACACCCAUCCCUGCGCAACGAUGCAGCCCACCCUAGCGGCACGAUCCUCCCGCGCUAUCUGCCCGCCUUCAUGAAGCCAGGCAUCUGGGGAAUUGGGUUGACGUACCCGCCAGCCACUGUCCUGUGCGUUAUCAACGGUCUUAGCGGCCAGAGCCAGGAUGUCCGUAAGCUGUAUUUCGCCGGAGCUCUCUUCAGUAUCGCCCACUUUUGCUGGGGUCCGUCCAUGUUUGCUAUUCUUGGCCGCAUUGGGGAUCCCAAGACGGCUGGAGUCCCGAAUGAGGAUGCGCUCGAGACUUGGCUACCCAAACACCACGCCCGAACGCUCUUGGUGAACGUACCGGCGUUCUUGUGCAUCUUGGCUGCUACUUUGGCCACUGUCACCGAGGGCCUCCAGUGA